CCGGAGCCGCCCGCCAGCGGCCGAAGCCGGAUACGGAGGCACCGGGACGGGACGCGGCCAUGGCGGACUGGGGCCGAGGUCAGAGUCCAAAUGCUGUGGACGAUAUGCUAGAUGUGGAGAAUAAGCGUAUGGCGGACAAUCUAGCCACCAAGGUCACCAGGCUGAAAUCGCUGGCACUGGAUAUUGACAAAGAUGCUGAGGAUCAAAACCGCUAUCUGGAUGGCACGGACUCAGAUUUCAUGAGUGUGACAGGCCUGCUGACGGGGAGUGUGAAGCGUUUCUCCACCAUGACACGCUCGGGAAGGGAUAAUCGCAAACUGCUUUGUUACGUUUCUGCUGGACUGGUGGUUGUCUUUUUCAUCCUCUAUUAUCUGGUCUCAAAAGCACGGACUUGAGUGGGGUCCUCAUGCUGGAAUUUUUAUGGAAAGAAAAACUUUGGUCAUGAUAAACAGAGACUUGCUCAAGGUUAUCCUCAAUCUACCCUUUCAAGAAUUGUUGGGAUAUUCCUGGAGGACCUCUCUGGACUCCAGGUUACUGUCACUUUUCUAAUCAGUCUUGGAGAGAUUCAUCAAUUAUUUUCAUAAAAUGAAUAUAGUUCAUUUUGAUCUUUUUAAAUGUAUGUAUACCACAACUUGAUCUCCUAGUUGGCACUUAGCCUUCGUUUAUUGCUUUAUUGUCCAUGACCUUUAGCCUUCAUCUAUUACCUGGCUCAUAACCAUGUCGUGUCCACCUUAAUGACGUGCUGUGUUGUUAAUGUGAAAGUAUCUGACUCAACCCAUAGUAGCAAUGUGCCUGUGUCCAUUCAUAAAUGAGCAGAGCUGGGGAGGCUGCAUGGUUUAGUCUGAAUAUGGGACUGGGAGGCAAGAGCUGUUGAGUUCUAAUCCAGCUCUGUCAUUGCCUUGCUCUGUGGACUUGGGAAGUCAGUUAAUCUCAUUUUAUGUUUUGAAAUACAUUAAUACCAACAGCAUCUCACUAGGCUAGAAUUGUUGUACAACACUCUGAAGAACUGAAUUGUGUGUGGUAGGUACUGAGUUGAGUAGUUACUACUUGUUACAAAAAUCCAUCAGCCAUUCAUGGUAUCAGAGCAGGAUUUUACCACCAUGAUAGCUUGGUUCUACCUGCUUGCUUGUCUUAUAGCUGAGGAUGGGGAAAGGCAGUAAAGAGAUGGCUGGUGGCAGUAGCACAAAUAAUAUGGCUCUUGUAACACAUACACACGUGCUCAGUUGCAACUGUAGAAGACAUGAGAGAGUUGAAAAACUGAAGAGGAGGAAAAAUAUUACUUUACAAAAGGCUUGGAAACUAUUGUUUAAAUAAUCUAGAAGGGGAAGUUGUUUGUACAGUUGGUACUAGCAUUCCCAUAAUACAUUUCCACUCCAUAGGUAAAGAUGGAGUUAGAUCUGUCAUCUUAAGUGGUCUGAUCAGAGGGAUGAUUUAAAAUAGGAGGUAACCUUAGAAUUCCCAAUUCUUUGUCCCCUCCACAGUACAUCACCUGGUAGGUACGCUGCAUGUCACUGGGUGACUGUCUGGAAUACAUACCUGAGCAAGUAUUGUCUAUUGUUUGUGAAGCCAUCACUCCAGAGCUUGCAGCACUUUGAGAUACAGUAUGUACCCUGUUCUGUGAUGAUUCUACAUAAUUCUGUGCAUUAGAAUGCUGUGUGGAUGAAGGAUGUUUAUGAUCUUUCAGCACUACAUCUUUAUUCUGUACUGUAUGCUGGUUAAGAAUGCUCAUUCCAAAUCACCCUUCUCUCCCUUUCAUUGACCUUGUCGCUUCCCCUCUCAUUCCAACCCAUGUAUGUUCUCCCAUCUGAAUUAUUUAUAUCUGCCUCCAGUUAUAAUAAACCAUUCUAAAAAUACUGCUAUUGUUU